UGUGAUACUUCUCUCUAUAUAUCUGUCUGUUUUGCUACCUUUCUUUCCCACUCUGUCAUCACCACCGUUAUCUCUCCAUCUCUCAAUCACAGCCAUUGCGCCAUAACUUAUUUAGUCCCUUCACAGUUCAUCUUUCUGCUCUAUUCAUUGAUAUAACUUUCUCUCUCUGUUGUUGAAGAAAGCUGUAUUCUUUUUUGUUUUCUUUAUUAAUCCAUAAUAGCUAUGUUUGAUCAAUAAAGAAACUCGUAAUCUUCUGUGCAGAGAGCCAAGUGUUUCUUUCUUUAUUAAACAGAAUCAGACUUGACAAUUCUUGGGAACUGUACGUGCAGAUCUCAUCCAGGCUUGCAAUCUAUAAAAUCGGUGUCUUCCUUCUUUCCUCAUAGGCCUUUAAAAGGAUAAGAACACCCCACCCACUUAGCUAAAACUCUGACAUAUUGUUUUAGAUCUGAGGCAGCAAAAAAGCCCGACGUGAACAGACGCUAUGGCCACAGAGCAGUACUUGGAAGAAACCGUGGCUCAGAAUGACUAUAACAGAGAAUAUAAGCCAUCAUUGCUGAACUGGAAACCUAUUCCUAAGACAGCCAUAGAUUCUGACGAUAGCCCCUCCAAUGGUUUUGAUUGCAAUAUUUGCCUAGAUUCCGUGCAGGAUCCAGUGGUCACACUUUGUGGUCACCUCUACUGUUGGCCCUGCAUAUACAAAUGGCUUCACUCCCAGAGCAUCUCUGCUGAAAACCAAGAUCAGCAGCCACAACAGCAAUGUCCUGUUUGCAAAGCCGAAGUUUCCCAAUCCACAAUAGUUCCUCUCUUUGGCAGGGGCCAAACCACAAAACCCUCCAUGAGAAAAGCCCCAAAUGUCGGUAUAAUCAUUCCACAAAGACCUCCUGGUCUUGCCUGUGGGUUUGACUCGCCGAGAACACCUAUCGCCACAGGUAGUCCACGCCCAGUUCAGCAAAUUCAUCAUCGACAUAAUUAUCCACAUCAGUCACAACUCCACUAUUCCCAGCCAGGGAGUUACUCUGCUUCCCCUAUGCAUAGCCCAAGGGGCACUACAAUAAACAUGGCUGAUCCAGUGGUUGGGAUGUUUGGCGAAAUGAUAUACGCAAGGGUUUUUGGUAACUCGAUAACCAACAUGCCGAGUUACCCAAAUUCGUAUCAUCUCGCAGGAAGUGCUAGCCCAAGAGUGAGAAGGCAUGUAAUGCAAGCUGAUAGGUCUCUCAGCAGAAUCUGCUUCUUCCUCUUUUGCUGUGUAUUUUUAUGUUUUCUCUCGUUCUGACCAAAGAUUUACGUUGUUCUGAUCUCGAAUACCUCUAAAAAUUUACGAGUAAUCAGCUGGAUGUGCUAGAAAUUGAGACAUGCUGCAUAUCCCGUGCUGCCUUAUAUGUAACUAUGAGUCCUUUAUCCUUAGCUUUAUCAUGUAACUUGAUGAAAAAUCUUGUUCCUUCUGUUUUGGCCAGAUGAUCAAAGAUUUGGAUUCUCGCUCUUA